AUGAACCUCCUCACCCUCCUCGGAGCGCUCUCGCUCCUACUAAUCUCCGCCCUCGCCGAUUCCACCGCCGACAUCUUCUACUGGCCCAUCGGCGCCUCAUCACCCUCCGUCCUAGCCCGCGUCUCCUUCGACCCAACAACCCAGAAAUCCAACGUGGUCUCCUACAACGCACCCUCCGGUUCCACCGACACCCUCGUCCGCAUCGGCCUAUACACCACAACUCCCUCAAACCCCAAGCAAUGGGCUGAGCUAGUGUUGAGUGAGCCCGGUGCGCAACCGCAUCUUAAUCGUCCGGUGGUUGUUGGUCCGGAUGGGGCUGAUACCGAGGCUGUGGAGGAAAAGAGCAUGUUGCAGAAGUAUUGGUGGGUGCUUGCGAUCGUUUUCUUCUUGACUAUGACUAGUGGCGGCGGGGGAGAGUAG